AUGCGACGGGAGAACUGCACAACCAUGGUGAAAGAGUUUGUGCUGCUGGGUCUCUCACAAACGAGGGAGAUCCAGCUCUGCCUCUUUUUCCUCUUCCUCUUCAUUGACUCCCUCCUUCUGCCCGUGAACAUCCUAAUCAUCCUAACCAUCUGGAGCAACCCUCGUCUCAGAUCUCCCAUGUUUUUCUUCCUUGGAAACCUGGCAUUCCUGGAUCUCUGCUACUGCGCCAUCACACCACCCAAAAUGUUGGCUGACUUGUACUCGCGGCAGAAAGCCAUCUCCUACUGGGGCUGCAUGGCCCAGAUCUUCUUCCUCCACUGGCUGGGAGCAGCCGAGUUCCUUCUCCUGAUUGGCAUGGCCUUUGAUCGAUACGUGGCUAUCUGCCACCCACUACGUUACGGUAACGUGGUGAGCAAAGGAGUCUGCUGGAGCCUCAUUGCAAGUGUCUGGCUUCUUGGUUUGAUGCAUUCUUUGAUACAGUUCAUCCCCAUCAUUCAUCUUCCUUUCUGUGGACCGAACAGACUGGACAAUUUCUUCUGUGAUAUCAAUCAGAUCAUCAAGCUGGCUUGCACGGACACUUAUGCCUUGGAGUUCGUCAUGUUCGUCAACAGUGGUUUGGCCACUUUGAUGUGCUUCAUCCUCCUCCUCCUCUCCUAUGGAGCCCUGCUGGCCAAAGUGAGGUCCAGCUCCACCAAGGGGAAGAGGAAGACAGCCUCCACGUGUGUCACCCACAUCAUCAUCGUCUUCAUCAUGUUUGCCCCUGCUAUCUACAUGUACUGCCGCCCAUUCCAGGACUUCCCCCUCGACAAGAUAGUGGCCAUCUUCCACACCGUGGUCUUUCCACUGAUGAACCCCAUGGUUUAUACCUUGAGGAACAAUGAAAUCAAGCUUGCUAUACGGAAGAUGGUCACCAAACACAAGAUCUGGGGCAGGGAGUGA